GUAGUUGUGAUUGAUGAAAUUGAUGCCGUUUUCCGCAAACGAUCGUCGUCGGAAGAGAGUGGGGAGGCAACACGGUCAUCCGUAGUAAACCAAAUCUUGGCAAAACUUGAUGGGGUCCAUGCCAUUCCAAAUGUACUCUUAAUUGGCAUGACAAACCGUCGAGAGCUUUUGGACGAUGCGCUGUUGCGUCCUGGACGCUUGGAAGUGCAAAUCGAAGUCCCAUUGCCUGAUAGAGAUGGCCGACGCGAAAUCUUACAAAUCCACUUCGACGCUCUACGAAAACGCGGUCGCUUGAGUAGACCACUUUCCGACUAUGUGACUAAUGGCUUUUCUGGCGCCGAUAUUGCAGGCCUAGUACGGUGUGCGGGAUCCAUAGCAUUAUCUAGGUCUCGC